GCUAGCGGCCUGAGACACUAGCAAGCAAAGCAGCCUGGGCUGUGUUUUGUGAACGCGAUCGCCGGCGACGCAGCGCUCUGUGUGAAGAGGUCAUUUUACAGCUCUCACGCACUGCCAGUAGCUCGCGCAAGCAUCCACCGCGCGCGCCCCGCGCACCACCAGCCAAGGCAGCGCCUGCGCCCAGCGCGGCGCGCGGCCGCAAAAGCAGAGCCGCGGCCGACGCAAACACAAUGAUCAACUUCCUCUUGUUAGUAAGCCGCCAGGGCAAAACCAGACUCACGAAGUGGUACGAGUCGUACGCUGCUAAGGAGAAGGCGCGAAUAGUGCGCGAGAUCACGUCCACCGUAUUAGCGCGAGCGCCGAAGAUGUGCAACUUCGUGGAGUGGCGCAACAAGAAGAUCAUUUAUAAGCGGUACGCUUCCUUAUUCUUCAUUGUUUGUGUGGACGCGGAAGACAACGAGCUGAUCACGCUCGAGAUGAUUCACCUGUACGUCGAGGUGCUGGAUCGGUACUUCGGGAACGUGUGCGAGCUCGACAUCAUCUUCAACUUCCACAAGGCGUACUACAUCCUCGACGAGAUCUUCGUCGGCGGCGAGCUCUGCGAGUCGUCGAAGAAGGAGGUUUUAAGCGUCUGCGCGCAGAUGGACGAGCUCAUGGAGGAGCGCGAGGAGGACAAGGCCGCGAGCGGGUCGUCCGGUAGGGUGCGGAAGUAACGCGCGGCCAGUUAUGUGCCUG